AUGGAAAUGAAUAUUGGCAACACUCAUCCGUAUCAUGAGGCCGGAUCAUCAUACACCGAUAUGCCCAUGGAUCACUGGGAAAGCUCACCAUCCAACUCCCCUUCCUCACUUUCGGAGCCUCCACUCCGAGCCGCCACCACUUCCGCUCAAAAACACCACGGGUCGAGUCAUUUAUCCGAGAUCCGCAUACAUAAAAAGGGGUCCAUAACAAAGGAAUGGAUUCCUCUCAUGCUGAAACGUCCCGCGCUGUUUGCGGUAGCGGUUGUUUGCUGUGGAGCUAUUGCUGCUCUUGAAGCACUGAGAUACGUUACUAGCUCGAGAGCAGUUUCGCCCGAGAAUAGAAAUAUUUUAAACCUCGCAAAAUAUAUGCCAACUCUUGGUGUGAUCGCUAUCGCUUUCGCCUUCCGCGCAGUUGCAACAGACGUGAAGAAGCUCACGCCAUGGUCGAAUAUGAGUGGACGAUGGGCUACUGGGGAGCAAUCAAUUCUCUUGGAUUAUCACAACAAAUUAGAGGUGCUUUCCGCCUUUCAAUCGAUUGGGAAAAAAGAUUGGGCAAUCACGGCUAUCUUGACGGCAACAUUUUUCUGUGGCGCACUGGUUCCUUUUUCCAACUCGUUGAUUUAUGUCGAUUUAGCUGCAUCGCAAACAAUAGCGACGACCUUGACAAAGACAUCAAUUUUUGAUUUCGAUGAGUUUCCUCUUGUUCUGCCGGAUGGUAAUCUCACGAUUCCAAAGAAUUAUACAGGAGAGAAGCCCUAUGCUCAUGUGUUCUCGGAGAGAGAGUCUGACACUACAUCUAAGCAAAAUGGAACCAUGACGGCUGAUGUUAAUGCGGUGUCCGUUGGUCUCAAAUGUGAACAGGCUCAGUACAGCAUGGGUGACGGCUACACUGCUCACGUCGCUUCUUGCCCUUUGCCGAUCGAACAGAAACAUACGCCCGGUGGCUCAUGGCUCAAUAUCACGCAGUGCUCAAAUGAUUCCUUCGAUUUGCGUAUAACGGUGACUAUAAACACCGGCGGAUCUGUCGGUGGAGUUAUCUGCUCGCCGACUUUCACUCAGCAAACAGCAACGGCUUCAGUCAACAUUACCUCUAAUGAGCUCGUGGAUUUCACUCUUAUCGAUGAGCCACAAACUCUUGAUGCGAGUACUUCAGUCGAGGCGCUAUGGCUGUAUCUCAUGAACCCACUUGAUACGCAAACAAUGAAGUCCUAUGGACGUGCCGGUCAAGGUGGACCAUACAAUGCAGAUCAAAUACCAGUUGCCAACACAUCGAAGAUCAUAAGCCUGGUUAAUGACUUGGCAAUUUACCAAUACUCAACCGAUACAUUUACAAGCCUACUUCCGGCAGAUGCCACCGGGAAUGCCACGAAGCUGGAUAAUCUCCAGAAGGAGGUAGAGAUACUCGCAACGGAGAUAUGGGCACAGGUGAUUAAUCUACUUUCGCGGAAGCCGGUGGAACGCAGCCUACCAGGAAAAAUUACGCUAAGUCAGAAGAAGAUUCUUGUUUGGUGGCCAGCUCUCCGAGCAAUGCAAGCCUUACUUGCUCUUUUGGCAGUCGUGUGCAUCACAUUUUGCACCGGACUGAGACCGUCAACUGCUUUAUCUGAUGAUCCGAGCUCACUGGCUGCCACCUCUUUAGUUAUAGCAGAUUCCGGAAAUGGCAUUGAGAAGUUAUUGGCACCUCAUGCGACGUCAUCUCAAGACCAGAUGCAAUCCAAAUUACAAGAUAUCCGAUUUCGCUUUGGAGGGUGCGCGGCACGGGGUCAACAGCUUUGUGUGAACGACGAGUGUCUUGGCGACGAACAACCAAGUUCAAAGGAGCAAAGCCCAUUUUCAUCGCCAUAUCAACAAGUAUCAAGUGGUAGUGACAACAAUCAUCUAUCAAAGUCGGACCCGGGCUGGCAGUCAAUUCCCCUUCUCAUGGCGUCUAAAAUUGCCCUUCUCACAACAAUUAUCUUGAUCAUGGUUGCUCUCGCUUUGAUGCUUUGGUCUUCAUACCGACAUGAUGGUAUAACAGCAGACACUCGAACUUCGGCCGCUGCGUUUCCCUUAGUCACUUCCGCUAUUCUUGUUCUGCUUGGUUACAGCUGUGCAGGCGUUGAUGGCGCUGUGCAAAUCCUCGCGCCUUUCAAUGUCAUGCGACGACGGCCUAAUCAGCACGGAAUUUUCAUUGAUUAUCAUUCUGCCUUAGACCGGUUAUCUGAGCUGGGGUCCAGGGGAAUCAGUGCCGCAGUGAUCGCAUCUUCUGCGGUCAUGCUAAUAAUUAUGGCCUUGAAAAUUGUGGCCGCCGGUUUAUUUGUGUCCACAACUGCACAGCGAACCAUGCAAGUGAACAUCACGCUAGACCAGAGCUUGGUUAUGAAUCUCCCAGAUACUUUUGGCGCUUCAAACUCAGAAGAAUUGAUCAGAAAAGCAUGCCAGUAUGCCGAGUGGCAGACAGAUCCCAAUUUCGAGCUCCCCGCUCGGUCUGGCACCAUCGAUAAUCUGGUUUUCAGUAACAUCACAGGUGUUCUGGACAAUUCAAGCAAUAAUAUAACGUCAGAUGGAGCUAUCGAAGCCCGUGUACCAGCAAUCCUGGUCGACAUCCAUUGUGUGCCCAUAUCGACACAGAACUUCAACCUCAGUAUUAGUUACGACACCUCAAACAAGGAACAGCCUUGGUCAUUUGCUUGGGCUUGUAGCUCACAGUUCUGCUAUGACUCACUGAAUGAAACAGACUUAUCUACAACCGGAUUUAUACCUCAUCAUGCUCCCGUUGUAUACGACGGUAAAACUGGCUUCCGGAAGUUCAAAUUUGAUAUGGCCGGACCUCCAGAUCUGAUGGACGACGAUUUCUGGUUGUACCUGACAGACUAUAGCUCAGUCUCCAAGCCGUUCACCAAUAAAACUAUGGUUGGAACGGAGCCUAUCUUGGCGGGUCGCAAUACUUUGAAUGUCUCUCUACCAACCAUGCAAGCAACUGUCUGUUAUCGGAACCUGAGCAGUGUCACCGUCAAAACAACCUUCAAAAGGCCCAGCAAAGCUGAAAUUGGAGGCCAGAAAACACUGCUUCCCUGGAAACCAGUCUCGUUCGACAACAAUAGCAUUGUCUAUAGUGGAUCAUAUCCCAACAUGCAGCCCAAUUGGUUCGCGCCGCCAAUUCCUGAAAUCAAUCAGUAUGCAGGAGACUCCUCGCCGGAUGGAGAAUUGCGGAGCGACACGCUAUGGCCGGGCCGAGGUAGCAGCACAAACUUCUUCGAGCUUCUCGCAGUGUACGCAGAGUACCAACGUCAGAACCUGUCUUCUCUGGUCGACCCCGUCUCUCUUGCCCAGUCAACGCAGCAAAUGUACACCCUGUAUGUCACCCAACUUCUGACAGAGCUCCGUUCAAGCGUCCAGAAUUCGUCAUCAUUGUCCCCUACAAACCAACAGGUCCAAGCCAGCUUGUCUUAUUCGGAGCCUCGUCUGAUGCAGGAGCCUGUCAUUACUUACGUACUGGAAGCUCUACUCGCUUUAAUCGUGACCAUCCUCCUUUGGGUAUUUCAUAUAUUCCCCAGCAAAGCGAUAGUCCCCAAACCCCCCACAUCUAUUGCAGCGCAAAUUUCACUUCUUGCCAAUAGCACACUGGUCCAUAAAGCUCGAGAUGAAGAUGCACAUCAAAUAGCACAGCUAAAAAAGUGGAAAGCGGUUGCGGCCCUGGGAUGGUGGCCGGAAUUCUCACCGGCAGAUAAUCGCAUGAGCGGCUGGAGAUGGGGUAUCGACGUUGGGCAAGGUGCUCAGUUACAAAGCUGGAACGUGAAGCCUGCAGAUUUGACACCGCAGAUGCAUUCCCCUUCGCAGUCUACCUCUUCAGAUCUCGAGUCAACACCUUUGGGUGCUGCUGAGCAGGAUGAGCGCGGGCAAUCCAUGGAAUUUUUGUCGAGGAUUGGUAAGACAGAGCCAAUUGCCGAAAUCCAUGAUCCGGAGCGUAGCUCAGACGAUAUCUUCAUCCGUGAUGGCUCAAAGUAG